GUGCAGUUUGAGCAACAUCUGCGGCGCGCGGGCGUAGCGACAGCCUCACGCGGACGAAUAGUUGUGUGUCUCUCGUGAGGAAAAGAUCAUCGAUGAAGGCGAUUCUCAGAUAAGAAGCUCGAUUACUGACAGCGCUGUGUUUGGAAACUGGCUCAGAGCGAAGAGGUGGAAGAGGAGGAAGAGGAGGAAGACGAAGAAGAAGGGGAAGAGACGCUCUCCUCGCGGGGAUGGGAGGGAAAUGAUCCUCACCUGUGCGGGUUAUUGUUUCACACACAGAGGAGCAGGAUGGAGGUGCAGCAGAGGGAUGGCCGCGGGGACAGAUACGGGCAGUCCGGGGACGCCCCUGUCAUCGCCUUGGGGAACGAGGCGGAGAGCGUGCCGGUGCGCCAGGAGGAGUCCGCUGCGAUCGGUCUCAACCACCUGGACACGUGUCCCUCCUGCCGCCUGAACUUCCACUGCCGCGAGCCCAAACUUCUGCCGUGUCUCCAUUCCUUCUGCAGGAGGUGUUUGCCCGCGCCCUCCAGGAGUCUGUCCCUGAAGGAGCUGUCCAACUCCCUGACUGACAGCGCGACCCAGCCACUGAACGUGAUCCGCUGUCCGGUGUGCCGGCAGGAGUGCAUGGAGGUGGAUGUGGUGGAAAACGUGUUUGUGAAGGACUCGGCUGAGGCUCCCAGCAGCACCGUGGAAAGGAGCACCCAGCUCUGUAUGUCCUGCGAUGACAACACCGAAGCUGCCGGGUUCUGCCUGGACUGUGUUGAGUACCUCUGUGGCACGUGUGUGGAAGCCCACCAGAGGGUCAAAUUCACCAAGGACCACACCAUCAGGCAGAAGGCUGACGUAGCACGAGAGGUCCAUGGAGUGUCGACACAGAGGCCGAUGUUCUGUGACAUCCACAAACAAGAGCCGCUGAAGCUGUUCUGUGAGACCUGUGACCAGCUGACCUGUCGUGACUGCCAGCUCGUUAAGCACAAGGACCACAAUUACCAGUUCCUAGAAGAUGCUUAUAAAAACCACAAACAGCACAUGGAGAGUAUGACCCAUCAGCUGCAGGAGAAAAGGAAACUGAUUGAAGACGUGUCGAACUCCAUUAACAAUGGACUUCUUCAGGUUGAUCAGAAUCGUUCAUCUGUUCAUGAUGAAAUAAAGAAGUCCAUCUGCAGUUUGAUUCUCGAGAUAAACAAAAAGGGAAAGAUGCUAAUGAAUCAACUUGAGGCUGUAACAAAGGAUCAUGAGAGCGGCUUGCGGAAACAACAGGAGGACAUUGGCUAUCUGUCCCGACACUUGGAUCAUGUCAUCGACUUCACCAAAUGGGCCACAGUCAAGAAUGGAGGCACGGCCCUUCUGUACUGCAAACGUCUGAUUCUGUUUCAGAUUGGAAACCUCCUGCGGGCAAAAUGCAGUACCUCAUUUAUUCCACAGAGCACUGUGCGUUUCCAAUGCCGAUCCUCCUACUGGGCCUCAAAUAUGGAUCUGGGCUCUUUAGUGAUAGAGAGUGUACCAGGCCACCAGCUGGUUGGUUUUCAGGGCAUCCCUCAUCAGCAGUCCCACCCUGGGCAAGGCCCCUCAGGCUCGCCCCGCGGCUUUGCCCCGGGUGGUCCCCUCAACACCCUUGCUCAGCUCCAGUUGCAGGUGGACAAGCUGAACCCGCAGGCCCACUGGCAGCCGCAACCACCUCCUCCACCGUGGACGUGGUACCAGAGUGUACGUCUACAACGAACACUUCCAGGCACCCUGCAAGGAGGCUCUCCCUCCCACAGUAUGCCACCUCCACCAGGCCGAAGGUUCAUGGUGCCCCAACCAAACAACAGCAGCCCAACUGGCACCUUAUUGAGCCCUGGGUUCACACCACAGAUUCUGAGGGGGUUGGAUAGCAGCUCCAACUACCAAGCCAAACCCAUGGACCAUUUCCAGAACCUGCCACUGUCUUUGCCACACAGAACGGUGCAAGGACAACACAUUUCCCUAGGGUAUACUGCUGCAUCCCAAGUGGAGAAACCAGGGACUGUUUCCUGGGAGACUCCAGAAACACAUCAGGCGCGUGAAGCAGUGGGCUCAGCUGUCAGGAAAAGAAGAAGGUCGUCACCAGGGCCCAUCAUUGUCAUCAAAGAUGAGCCAGAGGAUGACAACAGCUAUGUGCAGAACAACCAAAGAGCCAGCCUUCCUGACAGCACGGGUGAACACCCACAACUCAGUGCCCAGGGCGGAGGGAACAAGGCCACAACUGUUCCUCAAAGCACAGAAAACAAACCCCACAGCCCCUCAAAGCCUCCGAUCAGGCCGCUGGACCAGAGUAAGACUGACGUUCCACAUCACAUCCGUUCUCUGGGAGGAGAAGAGCAGGUAGUCCACCAUGAAGCACGACUGGAAGACUCUGAUGACGUCUUGUGUGCUGUGUGUCAGAGAGGAGGGGAGCUGCUGUGCUGCGAUAAGUGUCCCAACGUUUUUCACCUCGCUUGCCAUGUUCCAUCUCUCCUCAAAUCUCCCAGCGGGGGCUGGUUUUGCUCUUUCUGCCGCGACCUGUUGGUGCCUGAGAUGGAGUAUGAUGGUGACCCCAAACCUGAGGCCGAAACACUCAAGACGGAGCUGGACUCUGAAGGGGGACUGCCCCCUGUGGACAAACGAAAGUGUGAGAGGCUGCUGCUGCGCUUGUUUUGCACUGACCCCAGUUCAAACUGUGGAGAGGCUGCCUCCCCCUCGGUAUGUGCUAAUAACAGGGUGACUAUAAAGGGACCAAUGAAUCUGUCAACUGUGAAAGAACGACUGGGGGCUCAGCAGAGUGUGUGCUACCAAAGCAGUGCAGAGUUUAUAUCAGACGUCCGGCUCAUCAUCGGGAAUUGCAGACCCUCCAGUGAGGCUGUCACAGAGGACAGGAGGCUGAUGGAGCUGUUUGAAGAGCAGCAGACGAUCAUCUUUUCCGACCAAACCAUCCCAGAAGUCAAACUGGAGGUGAUACCUGCCGCGCCAACAGACUCUCAAGUCUCAUCUGCUCACAACAUUUCCCAGCCUGCAAAGCGCCAGCGCACAUUUUCCCAGGAUACGACAAACUGUCCCAGUGGAGAGGAGGGAGUCGUAUAAGAUAACAAAUCGUCUACAGGGUGUAGUGUGUACAGUAUUUGACAACACUGCCAGCACCAGCUAAUAUUGGUGUAUGAAAGUUCAUUACAACAUUUAUGACAAUAAUUGAAGCCGCUAAAUGCUGAAUUUUCUCAGAAAAGGAUACAGGGCAGGACAUUUUCUGUAUCCUUGAUUUAACUGUGUAACAACUGUUGGAUCUACACAGGGCUUGGACUUCUAGCUGCAAGUUUAACAGGUACAAUACAAGCAGCCCUUGCACUUACAGGGUAUAGCUGACCUUCUAUUAUCACACCUUACCUUAUCAUAAGCCAUAAAUGAUGACACUGAGCUAAUCAAUGGGAUAAUCAGGUUGGAUUUGUUUUCCCUGGCACUCUGGUCCAACACCCUGCAUAUCGUUUACAUUGUAGAAUCGACCCUGAGAGGAUGCUGCUGAUGAAGCAAAUGAGAGGAAGAAGCAGCGGUACAUGGAGAUGGUAUCAGAGACGGAACAAGAAGUUUGGAAAGCUGCAGGGGUUUUAUUGCAACCUCCACUGAUAAGCCUUGUGCGAGGCCAUAAAAGGAUUUCAGAAUGCUGCAGCCAGGAUCAGAGGAAAGACCCCAAGAUGUUAGGGACACACACCCAGGUCUGAUUAGACUGUGGUGGGCCUGUCUUCGAAAAGAGGGCAUCUUGUGAUUAAAGGCCUAUGACGCAGGUAUACAGCUGAAGAUACGUCCCUUAGGGGUAUUAACCAUCUUGUCCCAUGUUGUAAAAAGCAGUCUGUGUGUAAAUAUUGUUGUGACCGGGAGGGAUGAUGAUGAUUAUGAUCCGGGAUGGUCACGGUUUAACUAAUGUGGAAUUAAAUGUGUUACCUUUCACCCCCACCCCUCAGGCUAGUAAAGCCACUGCAUAAAGAGAAUCAAAGCAGUUUGAGAUAAGCACAGGCUGUUUAAAUGUUACACUGUCACAUAUAAUUAAAAAGUAUUGGUCUGAUUUGUUAGUAGUUUUUUUCAAUGGAGCAGACCUGCAAAUGUAAUAUUUUAAAGGUAAAUGUUAAGUGUAUUAAAAAUACUUUCUUAUA